UUCAGCCACGCCCUGCUAAGUUUAGUCUUUGUUACACAAUCGUCACGCUGCACAUUCCGGGCCGACGCGCCACUAUCUCUCGCGCGUUGUGCGCAGACAAAGAUACCCCGUCCUCGCGAAUACUACAAGAGGUUGAUGAUAUCCCAAUAUCAUCUAUUAGGCUCAUUUACGAACGAAGUAUCCACAACUAUCGUAUUUACAUACAGUUCUUGAGUAUGUCCGACGAAAACAAGUCACAAGAGACCGACGCGACAGACCAAAAUGCGGCGGGCUCUCGCUCCGCCAUUUCUAAUUACACCCCUCCGGACCCCAUCGAAGUCCAAAAUUACGCCGCAGGAAUUGCUCGCCUGAAAGGCUUCCAAGUAGCCUACAACGAAAACGUUAUUACAGAAUCUCGUUUUCGUCGCAUGUACAAUCAAGCUCAAGACACCGUACGCGUCGCCGACAUGAACGCUAUACAUUGGCAGGAGCAAGCUAAGUCAUGGCAUGGGGAAACUCUGAAGUUCCAUGGCAUGCUCCAGGAACAGAAGGUCGUCAACGACCGUCUACAGCAAGAAGUGAGGCUCGGCCUUGCUGUUGUGCGACAGGUCGUUGGGAAGAUGCCGAGCGUGACUGCCGAUCAACACCAAGCCAUGAUAGAGAAACUGGGGAACGUUACACUGGAUGAGCGUGAUGGACUGGAGGAAUACGAGCUCUCGGACAAAGAUCUCGUGGAUAUCCUGUUACAGCGAUUGGACAAGGCAGUCCAGGAGGAGGCGCGCCUGCGAGAAGAAGUGACCGUCGACGAAAGAGAUCGGCGAUUGAAGAUCCAAGAGAUGAAGGACAAGGUCAAAGACGCUGAGACGACGUUGCUAUCGAAGGAUAGGGAGAUUAAACAACUUCAAAAAGAGGUCCUGGUCCUCAAAGACAACCUUGCAAAGGCAGAACAAAACUCCGACCAGGGCCCCAUCCAGCGUGCUCCGAGCGAUGAAGUCAAAAACCUAACCCACGCCCUCCAAGACAUGUAUAUCUUCUACAUCACAGCCUCGACGGCCCUAACUGUAAUCUAUUCACUGGCUCAUAUCUGGCGCCCAGCCAAUGUGGUCUGCGAAUUAGAACGUAAGGGCAUGUGGUACAUCAAGCAUCAACUCUUUGUCUACUCAAUAGUCAUGACAGAUCCUGAGUCUGGUUUGCUUAGCCACCAUCCUGAGGUGCGCAAAACAAUAUGGGCAGCUGUUUCAGCCAUGCCGGAGCUUCAAGAAAAGACAGAAGAUAGCUUCUGGCGCAGGUUUGGCGUGAGCCGUCUGCUCAGACUCCCUGAGGGUAUGAAGAGACAAGCUGAGGACUGGCGCAAACUACGAGAGUUUAUUGAAAAGGAAGCGCGGACGACAAAUGAAACAAGGUGGAAAACACUUCAUGACCAUUGGCAGACCUCCUGGGCCGAAAGCAGACCGUCGGGGGAAAAGGACGUGUGAAAAGAGAGCAGCCUGAAAGAACAUGUAUCUAGACACUAUCAGAAAUCCUCUAGC